AUGUAUGGCUUUCUGCGGGUAGUCAUCCGCCCCAGCAUGGGUAUUAUGGCCCUUAGGCAUACACUGACAUUUAAGACUGCGGUGGAAACCGCUGAAAAAUUGGUUCUGCCUUCGAGCCGAGCGUCGUUCAACGACCCUUUUCUGCUUGUUAGCCAUGAAAUGUCCAAUUUGGCAAAAUCCAUUGCCAGCAUGAUCGGCUCGGGCCAUCCCACCCUCAAUAGGGUGAGUUCGUACUAUUUUGAGGCCGAGGGAAAAAACGUACGACCAUUAAUUGUGUUGCUUUUGUCGAAGGCAUUGCUGAAAAUUCCUGUGGAACAACGAAACCGAACGGCAAUUGACGACUUGGACGUUGUAGACCAGCAGCCGUUCAAGGGAACCCCAACUUCGCAUACCGUGGUUGCCGGGAAAUCGGUAGAUGAUUCUAUUUCGCCGUUGGCUAUUCUUCAUGGUAUCAACCCCAAGGUGAUUCUAGACCCACUUUCGAAGCCCAUGGAUGCGUUGCCCGAGUUCGAUGCAUCCAAUGGGAUUUUGCCGAAACAAAGGAGGCUUGCAGAAAUCGUAGAAAUGAUCCAUACCGCAUCUUUACUCCAUGACGACGUUAUAGACAUGUCCGAUGCUCGCCGAGGUAGACCCAGCGGGAAUGUUGCUUUUACCAAUAAAAUGGCAGUAUUAGCUGGAGACUUCCUCUUGGGCAGAGCAUCGGUAGCCAUUGCCAGACUCCGUAAUCCUGAGGUCAUUGAGUUGUUAUCCACCACCAUUGCCAAUUUGGUGGAGGGUGAAUUUAUGCAGCUCAAAAACACCGUUCUCAACCAAAGUUCAGAUAUCAAUAACGGAGGAGAACUGAAGCCCGUGCCUACACCCACGGGUAAGGUUCCCACCAAGCAGCAUGAAUACUCGGUGCAAACACCUGCCGAUGUAGAUCAUGAAACCAAUGUCAAUGCUGCUUUUGAGUACUACCUUCACAAAACUUAUUUGAAGACAGCGUCCUUAAUGUCCAAACUGGCUCGGGCAGCGGCAGUGUUGAGUGGUGCUCAGGAUGACGUGGUGCAAAAUUGCUACGAUUUCGGCCGAAAUUUGGGCUUGUGUUUCCAAAUCGUCGAUGACAUGCUCGACUACACCUCGAGUGACAAUGCCAUUGGAAAACCCAGCCAGGCAGACUUGAAGCUCGGGCUUGCCACGGCACCUAUUCUCUUUGCUUGGAAAGAGAGACCCGAACUCGGUGAGUUGAUUUCACGCAAAUUCAAAGAACCUGGAGAUGUGGAGUUGGCUCGUCUGGCAGUAGAUCAGUGUAAUGGAGUGGAACAAACUCGGAAGAUGGCGCAAGAAUAUUGCAUGAAGGCCCUUGGUAAUUUACGAGUGUUGCCUGAGUCGGACGCUCGUAGUGCUCUCGAGCUUUUGACGAACUCAAUCUUGACUAGAACGAAGUAA